UUUUUGGACUAAAGAACAUGAAUUAUUAUGCGAUGGAACUGUUUGUGAAUAAAUCCAUCCAUUGUUAGCCACAGCCCACAGAGACGCAACAGAGUGAAUGAAGCAGAGAGAGGCCACGUUAUUAAGAAAGAGAAGUCACACAAAAACAAAACACACUGUGAAGCUGAAAUGAAACGAAACAAGAAUCCAAACCAAAACCGAACCCGAAUAUUACAAUCUCAUCUCAUCUCAUCUCAUCCUAAACAAUUCCAACAAACCAAUCCAAAUCAUCACUUAUUCCCUUUUGACUUCUUCCUUAAAACCCCUCCCAUCCUCAAUUUUCUCCUUCUCAUCAAAUAAUCCAUGGAUUUAACCACCCCAAUUCAACAAACCCAUAAUCAUAAUCAUAAUCACAACUUCAACUUAAACUCACCAAACAACUCCUGCAUCAAUUGAAAUGUCCCCACCGUUGCCACCACUAACAAAUUCAAAUCUCCCUACCUUACCAGAUAUUUUACUAACUGCACUCUCCGUUUGCUUCUUCUUCACCUCAACAAGAUUCCACAACACCACCACAACAACAACAACAACAUCAAACUGUCCUUUCUUUUCUUCCCCUCUUAACCCUCGCCGUUUUCUCAAAAUCCCCGCCAUGUCCCAAACUUCCACGUCAUCAUUAUCAUCAACAACAAACCCUAACAAGAAUAACCGUCGCCACAGUUUCGCAUCUCCGCAAUCUCUCUCCGAAUGGCUCAAACCUCGAUUACCCUCCGAUUCGUUCGCUACAUGGGGCGUUAAGCCCGGUACAAAGAACGUUCACAAUCUCUGGCUCGAACUUUCUCAAGGAGAAACCUCGCUCGCUGAUUCGGACCCUCCGGUUCGAACCGUUCAGGUUGUUACGGUUCGGGUUAUUGGAAAAGACGGGAAGAUUCUUGUUGAAUCGCAUCAGGAAUUGUCUGAUGGUGAAGUGAGGGAACGUGGUAGACCGUUGUCGGAGAAGAUGAAGCCUAAUGAGGAACCCGAAUCGGCUGCUGUUAGAGGGAUUAAGGAAGAGCUUGGUUCUGUGAUUGGUGCUGAAACUGAGGUUUGUGAUAUUGUGACGAUUGAUCCCAAUUCGUAUGAGAUGAGAGUGGAGGAGAGGAAUUCAGGUUCUUAUCCUGGUUUGCCUGGUUGCUAUGUUUUGCAUAUUUUGAAUGCUACGGUGGAGGGUUUGCCGGAAGGUGAUUUUUGCACGUAUGAGGUUGAUGAGUAUGGUGAUUCUGAUGACAAGAAAAUUGCACAUCAAGCUGUUUCUGUUAAGAAACAUUAUUGGAAAUGGGUUAGUUCUGAUUCUGUUCAACCUUGAUGUGGUUUUUAUUCUAUGGACGACCAACAACAUGGACACCAGACACGACACUGACGCAGAUACCUAUACGUUGAUAAUAAUUUGAGAAAAUAUAAGUGAUUAAAUGUAACUACAUGCAGCCAGUGUCGUAUCAGUGUCCAACACAUGUCGGACACAAGAACGUUAAUGAUCUGAAAUGCAUUAGUGUCUGUCAAGGGCCAAACACUAGAGUAGCCUUCAAUAUGAAAUGUUUGUGCCACAUAGGUUUUUUUUUUUAUUUAUUUUUUAAGAUAUAACUGACAAUGACAUUUAUUUUGGGUGCGGCGAGAUGCUUGAGUAUAUGCUUGUAUACAUAUAUGAAAUAUGAAUAGUGGUACCAACAGUUUUUGUACUUGUAUAUGAUUUUGUACUGGAAUAGAAUUUUGGUAUUUACUCUGAAAUAAUAAUCUGCAUUAGCCACUUGAUUUGGUUGAA